UCAAAAUAAACAAAAGAAUGCCGGAUUUAUUGGAUUAUUUUCAGAGCCUGAGUACUCAAGAAGGCACUUCCAUCAACGAAUCGUUCAUCUGUUGCGUUCAAUGCUUCACACAUGGAAUUAACAAAAUAUUUUGUAAAAGUAACGUUCAAGAGUUGAGACAUCAUUUAUUGGAGUUUCAUGCAAUUGUCCUCGACGAGAAUCAAUGUGAGGAAAAAUUCGAACGAAAAAAGAAAUACACUUCAACACGUCAAAAUAUUUGGAGAUAUUUCGAAAGAAACGAAAAUGGAGAGCAAAUUUGUAAAAAGUGCAAAUCUGAAAACAUCAACACAAAAUAUAGCGCUCAUACUUCUUCAUCGAAUUUGAAAUUGCAUUUGGAGACAAAACACGGAUUCAAGAAGACUGAAGAAAACAAUUCGCAGAAGAAAUCAAAACCUGCUGUUUCAGAAGUUUGGAAAUACUUUUGUAAACCUACACGAAAAGGAAAUGUUGUCGAUAAUCACUAUGUUUAUUGCGGAAAAUGUUUGGAAAGCAAAAAGAAAACACGAUACAAUUUGAAUACUUCAACAUCCUCUUUGAAAAGACAUUUGUUUGUUGCCCAUAAAAUCAAUGUUUCUGAUCAGAAUUCACCCACGUUAUUAUUUAGCGAUAAUGAUGAAGAAGAAAUUGUUGAUAUUUCAGAAAUCGAACACAAAAAACGAGCAAAGCGAAUAACAACUGAAUCUGCAAUUAGACGUUAUUUUAAACUUCAUUCUGAUCAUUCAUGGUGCUUAGUUUGCGAAAGAGAAGGCGAAGCACACAAAUUUAGCCAAAACACAUCUUCAAUGAUUCUUAAAAGACAUCUUAUUGUUUGUCAUCAAAUAGAUCCAUAUUUAGAUUCAAGUGAAAAUUUUCAUGAAAAAGUUGACAUUCCAUCGGAUGUGUUGAAAAGAGCACAAGAAAUCAUCGAGCAAAAACCUUCAAGACCUAAAAUGUAUUUUAUUCAAUUGGAGCAAGAUUUGGAUGUCGUAUACUGUUGCUUUUGUCUUGUAAAGGAACACAAACAAGGCUAUAAGCAAUCAACAUCAGAGACGAAUCUCAAAUUACAUCUCUCAAAGUGUCAUUCAUUAUCUUACGAAGAGAAAAAGAAAACUUUCAAACCCGAUCAAACAAUUUCUGAAACAACUCUUGAAACCGCACAAAAUGUAUGCAAAACAAAAGGACUUAAACCUCGAGAAUAUUUUAUCCCAAUUCCAGAUGAAUCGAAAAAAUUAAUUUUUUGUACAUUUUGCAUGAUAAAAAGCCAUAAACAAGGUUACUCUACAAGUACAAGCCCAACGAAUUUACUCAGACACUUAAAGUUGACACAUAACUUCGAUCCACGAAACAUUGAAAAUGAUCACGAAACCGAAUGUAAUGAGGAGAAACAAUCAGAAAGUCCUUCGUCUGUACAUCAAGUGUUUUUGUGUACUGAAAACUCAACAUCAUCGAAAAACAUAAACUAUUGUCGUUCCUGUGGAAAAAACGAAAUAUCAUUUUCCUCUAAAUUCUCCUCUCCUUUCAUUGUUUCUGACGAGAACGAAGAUUCAGAGCAUCUUACAUUAGGCGACGUUUAUAGAGAUGUAACAGGCAUUGAAAUCUUUCCUGAUGAUGGAAUGUCACAAACAAUCUGCUUUCCAUGCGAAGCAAAUCUUAAAAUUGCGUAUCAUUUUAAACGACAAUCUAUGAAAACCGAAGAUAAGAUGAUACAAAAGUUUAGUAUCGAUCAACCGAUUGAUGUACCAAAGAAAAAUUGUGAAUUUUUAGAAGAAUUUCUCGAUGAUGAUUCGUAAUAAAUGUUA